UCCUCAACCCACACGCUCGCUGCACCGCCGUCCAAAGCCUUCCAACUCCAGUCGCUCGUUCCCACGCCCCGUCCCCGCCCACCACGACGCCCACACGCGCUCAGCCGCCGAUACGGCGCGCUUCCUCCCCGUGCCGCCGCCUUUAAGCCUGAGCGCGCGCGCAUCCCACUACUCGACAUGUUUGCUCCACCUCAUCCGCCUCCUCCGCCCUACCCCUCCUCGGCGUCGGAUCCCACCCACGCGCCCCAGAUGUCCGCUCCGCCCGCUCACCCCGUCGUCCAGGACGUCAAGCCGCGCCUCACCAAGGAGCAGCAUGACAUCCUCGAGGCCCACUUCCAGCAGCAGCACAAGCCGACGACCAGCACGAAAAAGGGCUUCGCCGAUGCCUUGGGCGUCCCGCUGGACAAGAUCAAUAACUGGUUCCAGAACCGUCGCGCCAAGGUCAAGCAGGACUUGAAGAAGCAGAUGUCACAGUACAACAUGAAUGUAAACAUGCUACAGCAGAUGCCAGCCCACGCUCAAAUGCAGCCUCCCCAGGGCCUGCCUCAGGCACAGCCGCCACCCCAAAUCCAAAACCCCCCUCAGCCGCAGCUGCAAACAUUCUUCCACGGCACUACCGACAUGAACCCGUCAUCACUACCCGGAAACGGCUUCGCCGUCCCGCCCCAGGACAUGGUUCCUGUCCAGGUUCCUUCGGCGCAGGAUUUCACUCACCACGGCCAUGGCCUCCAGUCCAUCUCGGAAUCCGCCCAGCCGACGGCCUCCUAUAAAGAAAUGAUGCACUCUCUGGCCAGAGCCGGUUAUCCCAUUGACCCGAGCCACGCGAGUGCCUUUCCGCACGGCCUUCCCGUCAACGACCCGUACAUGAGCUUUGAUCCCUCUGCUCUCUCCCAGCCCAUCCCCGAGGAGCCGCAAUUCGCUUAUUCCGAUUUCCCCGGUUCUUCCAACCCCUUCAGCGACGCGCCAUUUGACUUUGGGGCCGAUCAUCUCGACUUCAACGCGCUGGCUACCUCCGCGCCGACUUCGCUGACCGCCGACAACAACCGCGGUUCCGUCUCGACCGAGGCUUCGCCCUACUCGAACAACCACGCGACUCCACCCGCAGGUGGCUCCUCGACGUCGGCAGCGACGGUGCAAGCUGGCUGGCCUGAUGACCCGCUGGCCUCGCAAUAUACCCAGCGCGAGGAGUCUCAAGACCCGCUAAGCAGUAACAUGGCAGGGACUCAGAUGUCCAACUCGCAGUGGAUGCCGCAACCUUUCAGGGCGCCCAUGUACCAGCAAAGCAACGCUUCGAGCCAGACGUUGAUGUCGUCCGGCCCGGACCCGAGCGACCCGCAAAUGCUCCAGAUUAGCCAGGCCGAUUUCAGCCAGCCUUUCACCUUUGCCGACGAAGCGUUCAACAGGCGGGAUUCCCCCGCGGCUGCCUUGGCCCAUUCUAUGAGCAACGUUGAGAUUCAGGGACCAACGAGUGAUGCGGAGUUCAAGCAGCCCGAUCAGCCGUCCAGCAUCGCUGCUCGGAGGCAACGGCCUCGCCCUGCGGCCCUGGGCACAGCUUCUUUGCGGAGCCAGUCGUACAGUGCUGGCAUGCCUACUUCUCCUGGUUCGAAUCACAACUUGAAGGCCGAUCAGACGCUGCGCAGGAUUCGGUCAACUGGUCUGGUCAACGGACGCAUCCAAAAGGUCAACCCUGGGUCAGCGCAACGAUCUCCUAUGCACCUUUCUUUUGCCGAAGCAGCCGCGUCACCCAAAUUCGCUCUGCAAACCACCGGGUAUGCGGGCGGGUCCAUGAACGGACCUAUGACAACGGGGUCUUUAGCGCCGCCGACGCCUCUGACGCCGAAUGAAGUCGGCCGUUUCCCGUCUUGGCAACAGAGCCCUGCAGCUGGCAACAGAAGCAAUGCCAACACAGCAGGAGAUUACACCAGCGCACCUGGCUCGGGUGUGGUGUACAGCAUGGCACCCACGUCCGCCGCAUGCUUCUCCUCCGCUGCGUCGCCGCCCGAGACCCCACUAAACCCGGCGCAAUCAAUUUACAGCCAUCGCGCCCGGAUCAGCAAUGGGUCCAUCUUCAGAGACACUCCGCCCCAAUCCGCGCCCGCGACUCAACAGAGCUUCUCGCGAUCCGCAUUCGUGCCUCCGCCGCCGCCGCCGCCGCCGCCGCCGCCGAUGACGGAAGAACCAGCGCCCAUGGACGAUCCCUCGAUUAUCCAGCAUCAAUCACAGCGGCGCCCGUCGCUCCCUGAAACUGGCUUCUCCCAGGGCUACGAGCUUCCGCUGCAGUUCGAAGUGCCCAUGGUCAAUGCCGAGGGCGAGCUGCAAAUGGCGCAUCCAAUGCAAUUCGCGCAAGAUCCGUCAAUGUUCCAAAAGCAGCACCCGAUGAGCUUUGCACAGGACGCUGGGUCCAUCAUGGCAGGCCCGAUGCAUUCGUCUAUGACGAUGCAGCCUGAACUCUACGUCCAUGAGUAUGCCCCGCCGGGUCAAGGGCCAUCCCAGGGACAGUUUGCCGCGAGGCAGCAGCAGCAGCAGCAACAGCAACACAUGCAGCAGCAAAUGCAGCUGCUGCAGCAGCAGCAGAGGCAGGACAUGCAGCCGAAGAGCUACAUUUUCGCCAACCAGACGCCCGGCGACUUCAAGGCGUGAAGUGACCAGGCAUGCUGCAGCAUAGGAACAUUUAUGGCGCCACGCUUCGAUUAGGCGGGAGUCGACAUAUCUCGCUUUUCUUCCCCCGUUGAAUCAUCAUCACACUACAUACACCCUGUUGAAACAUAAAAUUAGCCUCUGGAUAUACCCCGGCUUCGUACGAGGCGAGCCGACCCGCGCAUUUCUUGGCUUUCGGUUAUGGUUGUUCUUCUUUUCGGAAAGAAGGCGCGGAAGAAAGCGUGUUUUCGUCGUCUAUCCGUCCGCUGUUACUCUGUCGGUCUGGUCGUUUUGUCCUUUGGCUGCUGUUCCACCCGUCAUAUUUCCAUUCUGCCGUUUUAGCGUCAGGCGUUUUGUCUUGUCGCAACCCAAUUUCUUUCCUUUUUUUUUUUUAUAUCCCCGCCA